GAAAAAAGACAAAUUAUGUCCCCUGUACCGCUACCUGCGACAAAUUCUGCCUCAAAAACACAAACAACUGCAACGACUAAAGUGGCAGCAAUAACAACAACAAACAUGUCAGCUUUGCCAGUAAAACUGAAACUGAAAGCAGCAGCGGCAACAACAAACAUGGCGAAUUCCAACACCACAAACAAACAAAUGGAACAAAACAAAAUCAACAACAGCAACAACAAUGCUGUUAGCAUAACAAAUGGAAACAAAACAAAAACCCAACAACGUCAACAAUCGAAAGAAAUGUCAUCAUCAGCCUCCUCCACAUCUUCCACAUCCUCUUCUUCCUACUCCUGCUCAACAUCCUCCAACGCCAAGAAUGUCAUAACUUCCCAAUGUGACAGCAGCAGUAACAGCAACAACAACAGCCAUAAUGACAAUAACAUCAAAAACGAAAGCCAUCAAGCCUGUGAUACUGAUACUGUCAUCAAAACCGAAUUAGAGGCAAACGAUCAGUUGCUGGGUCAAGAUAUGGACAAUACCACGGAUCCCAAUGAUUUGCAAUUGUCGGCGAUGCGUCAACGACCCAUCCUAUUGAGUUCCGUCAAUUCGCACAUCAUUUGUAGCCUGUGUUUUGGUUACUUGAUUGACGCCACAACCAUAGUGGAGUGUUUGCAUUCAUUUUGCCACAGUUGUUUAAUCAAACACUUGAGAACGGAACAGUAUUGUCCUCGUUGCGAAAUGAUGAUAAAUACUGCAAAACCAAAUAUAAAGCCCGAUACAACAUUGCAGGCUAUUGUUUAUAAAUUGGUGCCGGGUCUAUACGAAAAGGAAUUAAUGCGCAAACGUGCAUUUUACAAGGAUCGUCCAGAAGAAGCUGCUAUAGCCACUCCAGAACAAAGAGGUGACGAUACGGAACAUUUAAUAUUUAGUCCAUCUGACUACAUGUCAAUUUCAUUGGAAUAUGCCGACAUAGAUGAGCACAUGAAGUCGAACGCUGAAUACAGUGAACUAUUAAAACCUCGUUAUCUCCAGUGUCCGGCCAUGUGUACGGUGGCACAUUUGAAAAAAUUAGUCUUUGGUAAAUUCGAAAUUAAUAGCAAUCGCUUCACCAUUGACAUCAUGUACAAAGUCAAAACUAUAGUUUUACUUGACCAUUACACCCUUAUGGAUGUGGCCUAUAUAUACACGUGGAAAAGAGAUGCUCCCAUGCGCUUUUACUUCCGUGUCAAACAAUUGCUGAAGCCCCUGAUUAGGGUUAAGAAAAAUCUCUUGACACAACCCAAGAAAGAGAUUACUCCUCUCGUGGAGGAACCCAAAUUACAUUCUCAAGCCAUGUGCAUUGUCCAUGAACCCACACCCUCUAUUGUGGCCUCGGUUAGUAGUAAUAAAAUCCUGGAACCGGAAGAGAUCAAGCAGGAAAACGAAGCAGAAGUAUCCUCAACUACAGAAAUUCCAACACCAACUGUGCCGGAACCCAAACAAUUUGAAAUUGUGCAACCCCCAAGUCCUUCGAUCAGUUCCCACGAGACUUCUCUUACCGACAAGCUAAAAAUAACCCUGGUGAACAAAGCUGUAAAAGAUAAGUCAGCUUACAGCGAUGUCAACUCACCGGCUCGAGUAAAGGUGGUAAAGGAGAAAAAAGAUAAUCACAAAACUUCUCCCUCCACAUCGUCACACAAAGACGAACGUAAAGUGGAAAAUAUUAAACUGAAAAUCGAUCUAUCAAAACAAAAUAGUGUGACAAUUAUUAACAUGUCAGAUCCAGACCGCAAGGAAAUAGUUAAACCUGUUAAACCCGAAAAAGAAUGGAAAGUUAAGACUAAGAAAGAUAAAGACAACAGUCCGAAAUCUUCACCUAAAUCCUCGCCUCACAGUGAACGUAAGAGCAAGACCCCCAGUCCUUUAACAGUGCCUCCUCUCACAAUCAAGGCUGAACGCAUUAGUCCCCUGGCAAAGACAAAUACUCCCAGCCCUGUAGAAGAAGACGAUAAGAAAUCACAAUUUUUGAAAUCUUUCGCUUUGACUCCCAUUAAAAGCGUUAAGGCUGAGAAAUUGGAAUCAAAGCUUUCCAAAAACUCCUUUAAGGAAUUUACUCACAGCAUAGUAAAUAAAAGUGUGAACAAGGAUCCCUUGCAGAUAUCUUCCUCUUCAAAACGUAAGAGCAAGGAGCCCGUGAAAGCAGUAGUUAAGAAACCUAAACUAUCUCCACCUUUGGCAACAGAAGAUUUUAAAAUAAAACUACCCCCAAUUGUGAAUGGAAAACCAAUGUCACCUUCUACCAACGCCAACAAAUCGUUGAUGCCACCACCGCCCGCUGUAACAGCCAUGAAACCACCCUCAGCAUUACCCAAAAAGAUGACUAAAUCACAACAAUCCAAAGUAACAGCAGCUCCACCUGGCUCGUUAACUCCACACCCGAUGCAUGGCAAUAAUACGGGCAUACAAUUGGCAGCACCUGGCAGUCGUACACCCAUAGCUAAGAGAUUUCAACCCAUCUUACCCAAAACGCCACGCAUUAAUCCAUUUGCCAAUAUACCCAGCGACGUCAAUAAGAUUCUUAAGGAUGCUGGUACGGAAAUCAAAUCAGUUCCAAAGGAACCUGCCUCAUCUAAGGUAUACGGGCCAAAAUCCGAUGCAGGCCCUGUAAUGGGACCACCACCUAUGCCCGCACCUCCCUCUAAAUCACAAAAUACUCAAGGUACUGCUUCCAAUACCCGAAACAGUGUCAGUGUUUCCUCUUCAUCGACGUCUGCCAAAUCGAGUGCUAGCAGCAAAAAUAAUAGUUAUUUGAACUUGGCAUUAUUUAAUGCUGCCAAAUCAAAGGGUAACGAAGUACCACCUGGUUGCCGUACACCCAUGUAUACGCCAAAUUCACCCAUCUACUCCCCCAGUUCACCCCAAUACGUGCCUAAUUAUAACAUUCCUACCAUGCCCACAUACAAAUAUACCCCUAAACCUAGCAAUGCGGGCAACUCGUACAUGCAAAAUGUUAUGGCCUCAAAUAAUCAAAUGUCUAGCCUCUUUCCAAGUCCGCCAGUCAAAAAUGAUUCAAACUGCAGCAACAACAAUUCCUCGAAUUCUGGAAAUAACCGUUGUGAAGGUCAAACUCCCAAACGUGUCUAUUCCUUCGCCAGAAGUCCCAGUCCAGUCGAAGACCCCCCUGAGAAACAAUUGAAGGUCAAGUCUUUGUUGAAUUCAUGUAAUAUAAACAUUCCCUCUUCGCUGUCUAUUACAAUAACACGCGAUGAUGGAGAGGCUUCGUGCAAUGGUACCACAUAUCCCAAACACAAGAGUCCAGUAAACAACUACAUAGAAAUUCUUAAGUUGCCAGAUCAAACAGCCGAUAACAUGGACAGCAAGCGCUUAUCGCCUCCAAUUCAGAACACCAACAAUUCCCUCUUCCCUAAUCCUCCUGUGAGAAGGGUAGCAACACCUCCGCUUAACGCCACAAAACAGAAUAACAAUUCAACCCAACAAAAUAUCAACAAUAUCAAGCCAUCUCCUGCCACAACAGCCUCCCAAAACUUGGCGAAUCUAAAGGCAGCUGCUAAUAAUGUAGCCGCUAAUAUGAACUUAAUUACGAAGAAUCAAAAUGUUUCAAAUAAAUCUCCGGUAUCACCAGCCAACAAUAAACCACAACCUACCACCCAUAAAUCGCCCAUUCAUGCAAAUGACAAAAAGACGCCAAGUCCCGAAAAACGCCCAAAUCCCUCUCUUACCGAACAAAAAUCACCAGGUGGAGGUGACAACUCGGCUAGCAAGAAGUUCCGACACAUUUUACCCCGCCAAAUGUCAUCCACUAAUAUGCACGCCGAAAUGAAUCCAAUAAAUCCGGGCAACAACAAUGGAAAUGUCAUUGGCACUUAUUCAUCGCCCAGUGGCGUUAACGUCAAAAUACAUUCCAACAACAAAAAGGUACAACCUUGUAAAAAAUCCCCUGGAGCUCACUCUGCUGGGACAACAAAUAAACAACAACAUCAGGCUGGCACUGCUGCUCACAAUGGUCUGAAAUCGGCGGCAAAAUCGCCACAGACUUCUAAAGGCAAUAACAAGGCAAAUUCACCGCCAAUAUUGAAUACAAAAAGUAAAUUGUCCCCAACACCAAAUUUACACACGCUUCCACCCACCCUUCCACCUGGUCUCACACAUCCCAUGCAAUCCAUGCUGCCACCACACUUGGCAGCUGCGGCUGCCUGUCAAAAUGCGGCUGCCGGCCAAGCUGAGUUAAGUAAAUUACUCAAGGAAAAUUUACUGAGAGCUCAAGUUCAAGCGGCUGUUGCUAAUCAAUCAAAUAUGUUUUAUCCAUAUGCUGCUAAUGCGGCUGCCGCGGCACAAUUGGGUCAAUUCAAUCCCACCAUGUACAACUACCAACAGGCUUACAUCAUGGAUCAGUUAUCACGCAUGCAGCGAGCUGGCAACGAAGCCUUCUCCGAAUACAUGCAAAAGUUAAAGAACAGCAUGGAUGCCAAUAAAUCCCCCGCCGAGAUGCUUAACCAACCACCACCACAACAACAGCAACAGCAAACAAAGCCAAUGCAAAACGCCAAGAAACUGUCUAGUCCCAAAACACUAACCGGCCCUAAUAAUUCCCCCAACCCCGCAUCUGCUGCAGCGCUGCCCUCUGCCAUAACAAAUCCCACAAAAGACUUUCAAACUACAAAAACAAAGUGAAGUGUUCUCCAAAACAUAAUUGGGAAAACUUCAACAUUGUUACAACCAACAAAGGAAUCAAAUUCCUUUGAAAACACACUUAUCAAAAAUGUUUCCUUAAUUUUUUUUUAAAUUACUUUGUAUGUAAGUGUUAUUUAUUUUACGAAAAAAAAGAUUGUUUUUGUUUUUAAAAUAGUUUUGAUUAUUUUAACAAUUGUUUCAGUUUAAGUUCAGUUCUAUACUCUCCAACUAAUUAGCAGAGUUGUAGGUUAUUUGAACAUAAUUUUACUCAUAUCUAAUUUAAGUAAGCAAAAAACGCAAGUAUUAUUAAUGUAAAUAGCAACAGGAAUGUACAAAAUGUAUGUAAAAAUUAAAAAAAAAGAAUUUACUUUUACAGAAAAAUAUAUUUAGUUUUUAUUGUUCUAAUAUUUAAGAUUAAGUUUUAAGAAAAUCAAUUGUAUUAUUCAAUCAAUAUUUAAAAAGAAAACAAACAAAAAAAUAAUGAAAUAUCAUUAAAAUAAAACCAAAAUAUUUUUAUAAAAAAAAA